CCUUGAUCUCAGCCUCCAAACACUGAUACAGCAGCACUUCCAUUUCAGAGUUUAUUCCCAAACAAACGGAGGGAGGAAAAGAACUUUAAGCACCACUUUGCUGCGUUUCAUUUGAUGCCAACUUGGUUGUUUAGCUUUUGCCUGUGAGGCUCCACCUUCUUUCCGAGUCCCCUUAAACCACAUACAACAUCUAUCCCAGUGCAGCUCCUGCCCAGCACACCAGCAGAGUCACGUCCCCGUGGUGCUGCGGAGCAGUUGGGCACCCUGUGCCUCCAAAAACUACCACCACACAAUGGGAUUCCCAUUGGAUUGGAAGGAUUUGUGGCUUGAUACAUCUAUCAAUAUCUUCUUGGCCCUCCAAUAAUCUAAAGGAAGAGAUUGCCUGGCACCAACUUGGGAAACAUUCCUCUUCCUAUUUUAAAGGAUAAAGGAGCACAAGUGAGAAGAGUUUUUCUCUUGGUUCCGCUCUUCUCACGCAGGUUACAAUGCCAGGCAGGGAGGAGGGCCUCUCUAUCGAUCAUCUCCUCCUGGCACUCUGCUGCCUCACUCAGAAAACAAGAGGAGAGGACACGAGACACCUCAUCCCAACGUGUUUUUAACGGCCCUUGAACCAUUGGAUUGAGGAUUCAUAACACCAACACCGACUGCAAGAAAGCACAUAUAUGCCAGAUGAUUUUGUUUUGUGCUUAGCUGGAAAGAAAAGAUGAGCACCUUUCCCAUUUCAAACACCAGCAACAUUUCGCAGGCCGACUACCUCGAGGACGAUGACAACUGGACAGCAGUCACCCAGUUCACCCAGCCAGGAUGGCAGAUCGCCCUGUGGGCCAUCACCUAUUCCUUCAUCGUUAUCGCCUCCAUCAUCGGCAACGUCACCGUCAUCUGGAUUAUCCUGGCGCACAGGAGGAUGAGGACUGCCACCAACUACUUCAUCGUUAAUUUGGCCCUUUCGGAUUUGCUGAUGUCCGCUUUCAAUACCAUCUUCAAUUUUAUCUAUGCCAGCCACAACGUCUGGUAUUUUGGCGAGGAAUUCUGCAGGUUUCAGAACUGGUUCCCCAUCACCGCAAUGUUUGUGAGCAUUUACUCCAUGACGGCUGUUGCGGCGGAGAGGUAUGUGGCAAUAAUUCAUCCCUUCAAGCCCAGGCUUUCUGCUGGAAACACCAGGGUCAUCAUUGGGAUAAUCUGGCUGGUGGCCUUUGGGCUCGCCUUCCCACAGUGCUUCUAUGCUGAGAUCAUGAUGGACAACGGGACAACAAAGUGCAUCGUCGUCUGGCCAGAUGACGUUGGGUCAAAGCACCAGCUCACGUAUCACAUUGCAGUGAUCGUGUUGAUUUAUUUACUACCUUUAAUGGUGAUGUUUGUUACAUACAGCAUCAUAGGAAUUACUCUGUGGAGCAGCGCAGUUCCAGGCAACCACGUUAAUCGAGUCCGAUACAAACAUCAAGUUAAUGCCAAAAAAAAGUUUGUGAAGACCAUGGUGGUGGUUGUGAUCAUUUUUGCGGUCUGCUGGCUGCCCUAUCAUAUAUACUUCAUCCUGGGGAGUUUCAAGGAAGACAUCUACCAGCAGAAGUACAUUCAGCAGGUUUAUCUCACCAUCUUUCUGCUUGCCAUGAGCUCAACAAUGUACAACCCUAUCAUCUACUGUUGUCUCAACCAAAGGUUUCGUUCUGGUUUCAAAUUAGCCUUCCGGUGGUGUCCAUGCAUAAGAGCAACUGAGAAAGACAAGCUUAAACUCACAGCCCCAUCUGUCUGUCAGUCAACCCGCAGAAAGGCAAGAAGAUCAAGUUCCAACACUGAAACUCAAUUCAAUGAGAAAGAGAAGACCUCACUUACCCUCACCCAGCAAACCCUUUGAUUUCUUCUGAGAAGCCUGCCCUGAACUGUGCUGAAUUCUGGGGUUUUCAGGCCUGCCACUUCCACUCUCACCAAUUAGAAGUGAGAAACAGUUCCCUAAAAAGUUAUCUUUGCAUGGAUUUCUAUAAGCUUGUACCAAAAUAUGAUGUAAUUUUCCUGUUAAACUGUGCUCAGGUGACUCCUCUACCUUCACCUCCUUCAUUGUGGCACCCAGCUGGGGACUGGUUCUCUGAAGAAUCACAGACAGGGUUGGGUGAGCCUGUCCCUGAGGAAGGUGCUCAGCAAUAUCUGCUGAGGUCAGCUCCUUAGCCCCCACACUGAGCAGCCAGGAUUGCAGCACAUGGCGUGACACAUGGGUGUGCAAUAGCCAUGGCAUUUCUGAACUUUGUACUCUGAGGCUGCCUGUACCACAACCUCAGCAGCCCUGCCAAGUCCCCAUCACAGAAGCCCCUUUGUUGUGCCCUUCUAGACUUACCCAUUUCUGUCAUCACCGUUCUUUCCUUCUCGGAUACUAAAAUAAAGGCUGAAAUGUGUCAUCUUCAAAGCCUGAGUUUCGUGCACGUAUGCAAAACAGAAGCUGAAAUACAAAAGCGAUAUAUAAUGUGACACAGUAUUUUAUACCAGGUUGAUAAGUAGCACCUUGCAAUCCCCUUCACCCUUCAUGAUAGGUUUGCAUGUAGCAUUACAGAGCCAUACCUUGGCAUGCAGAAUGAUCCUACAACGUCAACAAGAUCCAAUUAUUUCAAAUACCUCUCUCACAUGCAGCAGUCCCUGAGGACUUCUAUUACCUAAGGGUAAGAAGCAGUUUGGAAAUGGAAGCGCCACCAGUUCCUGCUUCUUCCACCUGUGGUAGGAAGGUCACGCAGUUAGAAACACAAACUCCCUCCCUGCUUGCUAUCAGUUACAUCCAGCUAACAAAAUCCAACAAACCUGUGCCCUCACAUCCAAAACUCAGUCACCCUAAGAUCAGAGUGCUGUCAGCUCUGUGCCUCUGCUGAGCUAUGAGAGGGAGUACCAGGCCCAGAGGCCUGCACGACAAGCACCCUCUUGGAAUAAACACACACACAUACACACAC